UCCAAGCUGCAUCGUAAAUAAACAGCGGAAAAUGCACAGCGGUCAUCCCUCCGCAGCCGCUUUAAAUCACCUCCAGCAGAGCAGAUUUUCCCCACUCGGAUAGCGCUUAUCUUCAGAUAAUCUUUCUCUGUCUUUGGGGAGGUUGCUUCGCUGCGUUAAAGUGUUAUUAAAGUAUGUACCGGUCUCUGUACGCCUUCCGAUCCUCGGAGCCCAACUCGCUGCACUUCGCGGCCGGUGAAAGCUUCCUAAUCCUAGAGAGGAGCAACAAACACUGGUGGCUGGGGUCCCGCUGCAGCUCGGGGGAAACCGGUUACAUCCCCGCCUCGUAUAUCGAAAAAAUACAGGCUCCGGAGCAGGAUGAAGUGCUGCAGUCCAUCGACAGAGCAAUCGAGGGAAUCCACAAUGUGGCCUUAAAAAAUGGAGGCAAAUACAAUCUUGAACAGCGAGACGUUCUGCAAAAGCUGAUCCAUCACAGAAAGGAGACCCUCGCUCGGCGAAGUUCCUCCUCCACCGGUCACAAGCAGGGCCUCCCAUCUUCCAGCAGCGAAAUAUCUCUCAGUCAAACCCCUCCUGCACCCAAUGGCCUUAGCAGAGACUAUCAGCGACAUGGAAGCGUGCCGUUAUCAGGAAGCAUGGACAGUAUGCAAGGACAACAGGGUUUUUACCAGGUGCCGCCUCAGCCCCGGCGCGCCGCUCCGAUCACUCCGCCUCCCCCCGAAAAGCAGAGAAGCCACCGGCGUCCAGCAGAGCCAGAGGUCCCCUCCAGAGUGUCCUCUCUUCCUUCGUCCCCUGCUCCCUCCCUCUCGCUCAGCACCACCUCUAUAGAGACAGGCUCCUCUCUCUCCCCGGUCUCCUCUGAGGUCAGUCUGCCAAGCAUUUCCAGCACCCCUCCUCCUCCUGUGCCAUCCCGGGUGAAGCCCCCCGCGCCGCCUCCAGACCUGCUGCCCUCUGACUCUUCUCCUCAGCCAGCUCCUGCAAAGAAAAGCCCAGCACCGCAGCCCCCCCAGCCUGUCCCACCAUCCCAGCACAGCACUCCAUUACAGCCUGCUGCUACGGUGGACCAGCAAGGGACUGAAUGGCCCGUCGCCCCCCCGUCUGUUGCUGAAAACCCUCCUGGCAGCUCCUCUACCUCUGAGCCGGUUCCCAUGACUAUUGGAGCUGAACUGAUCGAGCUGGUGCGGAAGAACACGGGCUUGAGCUACGAGCUGUCGCGGGUCGCUGUCGGCGUGGUGGUCGGUCACCUGCAGACCGCUUUACCGCAAGCCUCCUCCGCUUUGGAGCAAGUCCUCCUCUCGCUGGUGGAGAGCAAGGACUUGAGUGCAGCGCUGCCGCAGGGCCAGGUGUGUCACGAUGAACAGCGCCUGGAGGUGAUCUUUAGUGACCUCGCCCGUCACCGGGACGACUCGCAGCAGCGUAGCUGGGCGCUUCACGAAGAUCAUGCCCUCAUCGCCUGCUACCUCGAGGAGCUGCUGAAGAUACUGACUGAUGCAGAUCCAGAGGUGUGUAAGAGGAUGUGUAAGGCCAACGACUAUGAGAACGUGCUGUCCCUGGUUUCCUAUUAUCAGAUGGAGCACCGUGUGUCUCUGCGGCUGUUGCUGCUCAAAGUUUUCGGGGCGAUGUGCAGCUUGGAUGCUGCUCUCAUCUCCACCCUUCUCAACUCCAUCCUGCCCAUGGAGCUGGCAAGAGACCUUCAGACUGACACACAAGAACACCAGAAGAUGUGCUACACAGCUUUGGCGCUAACUAUGAUUUUCUCAAUGGGAGAGCAGGUUCCAUAUCAUCACUAUGAACACUUGAAUGCCGACUUUGUUCAGUUUUUGCUGGGUGUGGUGGAGGACGGGCAUCCCUCUGAUCCCGCAGAGCAGCUGCCUGACAUUUUCCUGAACCUCCUGCUGUCCUUCAACCUGCACCACACAGUUCCCAGCAACAACGUGAUCAUGAAAGAACUGAAGCAGAAAAAUGUCAAGAUCCUCACGGAGAAAGUGCUGCUGCUCCUCAACAGAGGCGACGACCCUGUGUGCAUGUUCAAACACACACCGCCUGCACCGCACUCGGUGCUCAAGUUCCUGCAGGAUGUUUUCGCCAGCCCCGAGACCGCCGACAUCUUCUACCGCACAGACAUGAUGGUGAUGAUCGACAUCGCCGUUCGACAGAUAUCUGACCUUUCACCUGGUGACAAGCUGCGGAUGGAGUAUCUCUCCCUCAUGCACUCCAUAAUGCGCUCGACGGACUACCUCGAGCACCAGCACCGCCUGUCGGACCUGCAGGGGGCGCUGCAGAGGAUUCUCAGGGAGGAGGAAGAUCCAGGCGAGGAUGAAGGGAGCGCUACGGCGAAACAGAUGGAUAAGCUGAUUGUACAGCAGAUCUACAAGGAGUUCCCGCAGAUCUGCGAGAACCAGGACUAGCCGGUGCCAGUAUCACAAACUGUAGUCUGCUCCCAUCGACUGCGGCGAGGUACGGUAAAGCUUAAAAGAGGAAGAGCAGACAUUUGAGGAUGACUCCUAUUCUGUGCCACCCUGUGCUGAGAGAAGCCGGUGUUCUCUUGGAUGUUUACUCCAGGGCUGCAGCGUGCAUGUGAUGCUGAGUGUUAUUUGACUGAUGAGUGGGAUGUGUGUGGGUUCUCCGGGUGCAUUCAAGAAGGAAGAAAUCUGACAAAUGCACCAAAUCCCGCCAGGUUUCACCAUAUUUUCAAAUUAGAAGUGGCCAAAUCUCAAAGCGGUUCUCAAAGUGAAUCCUUAGCAAUAAUGAAAUAAAUAACUGCAUGCACCUGAAAGUAUUAUGAAAUUAACUGACUACAGCCAAACCCUAAUGUAAGAAAACUGACUUUAACCAAACUGACUUCCGCUUAAAGAUUUGUAACAGGAGGGUAAAUCUGUGUUUACGGCACGAGGUGCCACCGUUUCAGUGUGGAGAGAAAACUUUGAACCUUUACGUGCUUCCCUUUUGGUGGGACCAAACUACUGUGUGUUACUGAGAGCAUUAUUUUCUUUAACGAUCACUUUACUCUUAAAACUGACUUUGUCUUUCAUUCAUCUCCUCAAUCGUAUUUUAAGACAAGUAGAACAACUUGAGCAAGUUCACUAUUCUACUGAGAAAACAAAGCCUGACUCAUGUGUUGGCGUUACUAAACUUUUUGCUGUGUAAGCUGCUGCUGCUUAUUAUCAAGUCUCUCCUCUCAGUCUGGUACUUUUCCACACACUUUUCAGAUAGUCACUCCUUACUUGCAAAUGCGAAGCUCAUCAAGCAUCAGAAGACAUUGGCUGUUUACAGAUGCUGCGCUGCAAUGAGGCUUUAUAACAACUGGCUGUAAAAUAUGGAGUCUCGUGAGCUGUGGCAGGAGUGUUUUUACAUUAUGUCAGUAUUGUUGAGUUCCAGCUUUGAUCUCAUGUUUGUGCUUAAAAUCAAGGAGAGGAAAUGUAAUACAGGGCAUUUAUUUGAUCUCAUUGUGGUUUUAAUACCCUGAUUUUUUUUUGUUUGUUUGUUUGUUUCCCAGUACUGCUGUCCCGUCUUACAUUUGACCUCAUUUGUAUCCCUGGCAUGGCUUCUCCUGACACUCCAGAAAUAAUUUCAAACUUUUAGUAUGAGUGUUUCAUUCUCUGAUUGACUACAUGUCUUUUUGUGUAUAUGUGUGUGUGUGUGUGUGUCUGUGCGAGUGGUGAACGUCUCCAUGAUUCACUUUGUCUGCAACAGUGCUGCGGCUGUGUUAUAAUGAAACUAAUAAAGCUCUAUUUUAA